AUGGAUUUCAUGCAUAAAGCUAUUGAAGAAGCUUGCCAUGGUGUACAAGCUGGUGAUGGAGGUCCAUUUGGUGCAGUUAUUGCUCGUCAAAGACAUAUUGUUGCAGUGGGCCACAACAUGGUACUUUUGAAUAAUGAUCCAACAGCACAUGCUGAAAUAAUUGCAAUACGAAAGGCAUGCGCCGUGUUAAAAACAUAUGACCUCAGUGGAUGCGUUCUAUAUACUUCAUGCUAUCCAUGCCCUAUGUGUAUGACUGCAUCGCUAUGGGCGCGGAUCCAUGUUAUUUAUUAUUCUGCAACCGCACAAGAUGCAGCUAAAGCCGGUUUUGAUGAUAAAAUAUUCCAUGAUUUUGUAAAAGAUCCGAAAUCAGACAAUAUUCGUCGAUUGGAACAGUUAAACGUCCCAGAAGUUUUGAAGCCAUUUGAGAUGUGGGCAGCGAAAGAAGACAAAACUAUAUAUUGA